AUGUCGACCACGGACGGAGCACAGGUUCUCUCGCAAGGCACGGGCUAUGGCGUCGUUCUCGGCAUAGGCUUCGUGUUCGCCGUGAUUAUGAUGGGCCUCUCGACGCUGCAGAAUCGAUACACGUCCUACAAGAUCGCGACCUCGGAGGAGUUCAACACCGCAUCGCGCUCAGUCAAGCCGGGACUUAUUGCGUCAGGCAUCGUCUCCGCGUGGACGUGGGCGGCGACGCUUCUGCAGAGCUCGACAGUGACGUAUGAGUACGGCCUGUGUGGUGGGUACUACUAUGCCGCGGGCGCGACGCUGCAGAUCUUCCUGAUGGCGGCGCUCGCUGUGCGCGUGAAGAUGAUCGCGCCGUACUGCCACACAUAUCUCGAGAUCGUCCAUGCGCGAUAUGGCAGCGCGGCACAUUUCAUGUUCGUCACCUUCGGGCUCGUGACCAACUUGAUCGUGUCGAGCGAGCUGCUUCUCGGUGGAAGUGCCGUCGUGAACGCGUUCACGGGCAUGAACAUAUAUGCCGCGAACUUCCUUAUUCCAAUCGGGGUCGGGAUCUAUGUGAUCCUUGGUGGCCUUCGCGCUACCUUCUUAUGCGAUUACUCACAUACACUCAUCCUCAUGAUAAUCAUAUUAUACUUCUGGUUCUACACUUAUACCGAAUCUGACUUGAUUGGCGGCUUUGAGGGAAUGUACCGUCUUUUGCAGCAAGCUGCCGUAGAACGACCUGUGGCUGGCAAUGAGCAAGGCUCAUACAUGACUCUCAAGUCGAACUAUGGACUUGUGUUCAUGGCGAUCCAAGUAUUUGGUGGUCUGGGCACCGUGAUGCUCGAUCAGGGAUACUGGCAACGAGCAAUUGCGUCAAAAGCAAAAACGGCUGUGCGCGCGUACCUGAUGGGGGGCGUCGCCUGGUUCGCCGUUCCCCUCACAUUCUCCACCAUCAUGGGUCUUGCGGCUGUCGCACUCGCCAACAACCCGGCAUUCCCAUAUCCAGGCGGUCUCUCUUCAGCCCAGACCGAUGCUGGACUUGCGUCUCCGGCUGGCGUCGUUGCGCUGUUGGGUAGCGGUGGUGCUGCCGCUAUGCUUAUUUUACUCUUCAUGGCCGUUACAUCCGCAGCGUCUUCGGAGAUGAUCGCGACGUCAUCUAUCCUAACAUUUGAUCUUUACCAAAUCCACAUCAAGCCUGACGCAUCCCCUGACUCCCUCAUCCGCGUCUCGCACAUCAUGGUCGGCGUGUGGGCGAUCAUCAUGUCCGCUGUGGCGUGCCUCUGGAACGGCAUUGGCAUCUCGCUCAACUGGCUAUUCCUCUUCUCGGGCACGCUAUACACCGCCGCGGUCGGGCCUAUCGUUUUCAGCAUCAUCUGGCGCAAGCAGACGAAAGCGGCCGUUAUUAGCGGUGCGCUCGGUGGUGUGUGCAUCGGCAUUAUCUGCUGGCUCGUCGUCGCGAAGACGUACUACGGCGCCCUGACGAUCGAGACUACUGGCGAGAUUUACGCGACUCUGGCGGGGAACAUGGGCUCCUGCUGUGCCGGCGCGCUCAUAUCUAUUGUCGUCACACUCAUCAAGCCGGAUAACGAGUUCGACUGGUCAGAGACGAAGAAGAUCAACCCGCGCGGGCGUGCGAUGGACGUCGAACGCAUGAAGGCUGCGCAGUCCUCCCCUAAGGAUGUCGACGCUACCGGGAUUGUCACUGCUGUGCAGCAAACCUUAGUAUGCUCAGAUUCCUCCUCCACACUCGGGUGGCUGAUAGUGAACGGUGGCGAUACAAAUACCAGCUCCAACGACAACGUCAUCACCGCUGUGCUGCAUGAGCAGUGGGUAUUCUCUCUCUUCUAUAAGGCUCGUAUUGUCAGCUCUCAAAUGUACAUGGUCUACCAAAAAGCGACAGCCAAUCCGCUCUCUGUCGUCUCCGGUGGACCCGGCAACCUCAACAUGAGGACCAUCUCUGCCUACUAUGAUGAGGCCUGCAACCAGUAA